UUGUGAAAUCACUAGUGCUGCUCAGCAAAGUUGUUCGAUCAUCUUACACAAAGAUCAUCAACAGUUUAACAAUCUCGUUUCCUUGCUAAAUUCCCAUGACCAAAAUGGACAUAAAAAAUCUCACCAAAGCCUUCGUUUUCCUCAUGGCAGCAACCAUCAUGGCGAGCCAAGUGAAUGGUCUGAUGCCCUACACAAGGUCUUUAUGGGACAUGAUGAUCCCCGAGGACCCUUUUAGAAUCCUCGAGGAUACACCGCUCACCAUCCCCAAAGGGACGUCGGAGCCGGUGGCUUUAGCUCGAGCAGAUUGGAAAGAAACUCCGCAGUUCCAUGUCAUCGUCCUCGACAUCCCGGGGAUGAAGAGAGAAGACUUGAAGAUCGAGGUAGAAGACAACCGGGUGUUGAGGAUCAGCGGCGAGAGGAAAGAGGAUGAGCAAGUAGAAGGGGAGAAAUGGCACAGAGCCGAGAGGAUUAAUGGGAAAUUCUGGAGGCAGUUCAGGUUGCCUUCGAAUGCGGAUUUGGAUCAUGUCAAGGCUCAUUUGGAAGAUGGGGUUUUGAAGAUCACCGUGCCGAAGUUCUCCGAUGAGGCCAAGAGGCAGUCAAAGGUUAUUGACAUUGAUUCGUCAGGUGGUUCCGGUGAGUAUGUCAGGACCACAUCCAAGACUUCUCCGUAGUGGCGAUAAUGUGUUUCGUUUUU